CGAAUGCCGGGACUGUACGCGACACCCCUGUAUUCGCUUGAAACCUGCGCCCGAGGGUGACGCCAUGUCGACGUGGACCCUGCAGUGCUCCCCCGUUGCAACCCACGUACACCCUCGACUAACGGUGACUCGCACGCAGAAACAAUCGCUUUCAGAAAACGGACUGGGCCACCCCCGAAGCUCGUAAUCGUCGCGCCGAAUCACUCUCGCACGGAGCAUUUGGGCUAUGAAUGAAGACCCAACCCUUUCACCUCGAGGUUUUAGCAGUGCUGCUCUUAUCUGUGAUUCCAUGGCCGGGUCCCAGCGUCUUUAAGAUAUCAUGCCCUCGCGAUCGAGCGUCUGUAGUGAGGAGGAUAGUUCACAAGAGAUGGAUGCCAAUACUGAAGAAGUAUCAGGUAGAGUUGCCGUUGGAAUGCCCAUUUCACGAAAGUCGAGACAUUUUUCGACCCCAACAAAAAGCGAAGCACCAGCACAGGCCGUCGCAAUGGACCUGCGGCCUCUGCGGCAAGUCCUUUUACGCGGAGAGACAUCUGGACGCCCAUUUCGAUAACAGACACAAAAGUAACGUAAAUACGGCGGAGGACGCAGUGUGCCUGGCGGACUACUGCGACAUCAUGCGCUGCGACGUGCUGGGCACCCGUGACUUUGAGAACUCGGUGGACGACGACAGCGGCCACCUGAGCACCGACAUUCAGGUCUGGCGUGAGAACACCGAGCAGCAGCAACGGCAGCAGCGGCAGCAACACCACCAGCAGCGCAGCACUUCCGUCGUGCCGUGCGAGUCGCGUGGCCUCGCCAGGAUGUAUCCCGCGGAUAAGUCCUGCGCCAUCGCUGGCGGUGGCGCGAUGACGAAUCUGCAGCGUUACUGCCGCCGUGAUGACCACGGCGACGGCGAGAUGCACAAUCACAGAUUAGCGAGGUCGUCGUAUCACAACGAGGUCGCCGGACCGGACAACAAGAGCAGCGCCUGCGACGGCGAGGAGGACGAGGACGAGGACGACGAGGACGCCGAGGACGAGGAGGAGAACCUGGUGGAGGCGGCGUUGCCCGCCGUCGACAAGAAGCAGAGGCGCAGGGGGCUGCAUCUGAGGAAACUCAAGUCCAACUGCAAGCCGGAGGAGCUGCAGAAACUGAAGACCCAAUGCGAAAUACUCGUGCGCGAUUGCAUCGCCGGACUGCUCGCCAAUCUCUCCGUGCGGGACUUUCAGGAAAUCGAAGGCGAGCUGAAUCGUGCGAUCUGCUGGUACCUCAGCUGCGACAAAUACUGGGAGGACACGAAGAGACAGCAGCGUCACACGCCCUGGUACCUGCUGACCGUAUUUAUAGUGAUGCUGUUCUCGUCAAUCUAUGCGUGUUAUUACGUCAUUUGGGUCUGCUUCAAAACGGCGGACGAAGAUCGGCCGGACGGUACCGGCAGUGUGGAUUACAACGGCAGCACGGAUCGCUCGAGUACCUCGCCGUUACAUGAUCCGAGUCUGCACGGCGAGGGAAGGCUGGAAAGACGGAAGGGCGAGCACGGGGAUGAGAAUCUGCCCUUGUCGAGCGAGGACAUGCCCGACCACUACAUAUACGUGUCCUAUCCGCCCGAGCUGAAGCGGCGAAUUCUAGAGAGAGAUUCUCCUGCUUAUAGCUGCUACAACAGGACCACCCGUCUGUGAGCCGAGGGAGGGGGAUCAGAAGGGUCUCUCUUCUCUACGAGGGGAUAACGCGAGAGAAACGCGCGCAACACAGAUUGAUCCCGGAUCUUGCACAAAGGAAAACGGAAAAAAAGGCACUCCAGGCUGAAAUUCUUCACUCUCUCAUUCUUCUCCGCUACCCUCUCGUGUUUUGUAUACAGGAAACGAAUAAAUUGCAUCGUGGACACGA